AUGGCCGCCGGAUCCGGCGCGCUCGAGCUCCACGCCAUGGCCACGCGCCACCGCGACGUCCUCUUCCUGGAGGAGGAAGGCCGGCGUGGGAGGAGUAAGGCCGCCGCCGCCGCCACAGAGCCGGCGUGGAAUGCCGCACUCGGCUGUGAGGAACUUGGUGAUGAAUGCUUUGCCAUUCUUGCUGAUGAGUCUAGUGAUGCCUACCAACAGGAACAAUUGGCCCUUUGCUUGCGUUAUGUCAAUAAAAAUGGAGAACCUGUUGAGCGGUUUCUUGGUCUUGUGCAUGUUGAAGAUACUACAUCAUUGACUCUUAAACAAACAAUUCAGUCCUUACUUAUCAAAUAUCAGUUGCCUUUAUCCAAGAUACGUGGUCAAGGGUAUGAUGGAGCUAGUAAUAUGAAAGGUCAUGUCAAUGGUUUGAAGAAAUUAAUUAUGGAAGAGUCCCCUUCUGCAUAUUAUGUUCAUUGCUUUGCCCAUCAACUUCAGCUAACCCUUGUAGCUGUAGCUAAAGAGAAUAUUGAUUGUCAAUGGUUUUUUGGGCAACUUGCAUAUUUGUUGAAUGUUCUAGACAUGUCUUGCAAGAAAAUCCGCAUGCUUCGCAUAGCUCAAGCUGAAUACAUGAUUGAAGCACUGAAAUUGGGUGAAAUUGAAACUGGCCAAGGAUUGAAUCAAGAGAUGGGCUUAGCAAGACCAGGUGAUACACGUUGGGGAUCUCAUUAUAGAACUGUUAUGCAUGUGAUUCGUUUGUAUCCUUCAAUCAAGAAAGUGCUUUUUAGAGUUGGGAAAGAAGGUAAAGGGGCUGAGGCAUUAGGAGCUCAAACUAUGCUCAGAGUAUUUACCUCAUUUGAGUUUGUUUUUCUGCUCCACAUGAUGAAUGAAAUAUUUGGAUACACAAAUGACUUAUGCAAUGCUUUGCAAAAGAGGGAGCAAGAUAUUGUAAAUGCAAUGGAUCUUCUUGAGCUCACAAAGGUGGAAUUGGAUGUUUUGAGAAGAGAUGCUGGAUGGGAAAAAUUUCUUAAGAAUGUCACUUCUUUCUGUGAGAAGCAGAAAGUUAAAGUUGUUGAUAUGGAUGGAAAGUAUAUUCCUAUUCAAAGAUCAGCUAAGUUCUAUAGAGGUGCCACAAAUUACCACAGGUUUCAUGCUGAUAUGUUUUUGGGUGUCAUUGAUAGGCAACUUCAGGAGCUGAAUAGCAGGUUUGAUGAGGUAAACACAGAGCUACUUAGAUGUAUGGCAGCAUUCAAUCCAGCUAAUUCUUUUUCUGCCUUUGAUAAUGAGAAGUUGGUUAAGCUUGCUGGGUUCUAUCCUCGUGACUUUGAUUUUCAAGAGAGGAACCAACUUCAUUUUCAACUACGCAACUAUAUUAAUGAUGUGAGAAAUGAUGAGAACUUCAAAAAUUUGAGAAGUCUAGCAGACUUGUCUAUGAUGCUAGUUAAAAGAGAUAUGGUUUCUCGGUAUGACAUUGUGUACAAACUUCUCAAAUUGGUUCUAGUUCUUCCUGUUGCAACUGCUGGUGUUGAGAGAAUUUUUUCUGCAAUGAACACUAUCAAAAACAAGUUAAGAAGCAAGAUGGGACAGGAUUUUUUUGAAUAA